AUGACAGUAAGACAGAAAAUCUAUAUGGAUUACAAAGAUGAAGAAGGUAGAGAAGCGUCUGGAAAAUUCAAGCCUUCAGGCGAAAUGAUAGAUAGUACCAAGAAAAUUACGUCCUGUAAUUGCGAUGUAGCUUUGCGAACCAACAUCAAACCCGCAGAAUUAGGUGUAUACCUUUCAGCAAUCAUUCGGCGUCGAUACUAUAAGUAUCUAAUAGGAAACAAUUGCUUCAAGAGUCGUAUUACACAAAGAAUUGUUAAUAUUGCGAGAUAUUACGACUGGACGACGGUGGUAAGAGUCAACAAAAUUCUGUUGUUGGCAAUCGGCCAAUGGCCUUACCAAUCGUCCAGGACGAGCCACGCAAUAGUCAUCGUCAUAGUAACGAUAUUUUCCACGCAAUUUCUCACCAAGCUAUGUGGUAUUAUCUCCUACAUUCACGAUAUGGACAUCGUGAUCGAGUGUCUCGUUCCGAUAAUGGUUGAUUUGUCAGGUAUAUCGAAAAUAAUGAAUUCCAUACUGUACGUGAAUGAGAUAAGGACAUUGCUCGAUCGAAUACGAGAUGAUUUUUAUUCAUUGAGAAAGUCCAAUGACGUAGAGAUUCUUGAAAAAUAUGCCGAUAAUGGCAAAAAAUCCUCGAAUAUUUACAUUUGUGUGAUGUUCAUACUAACGAUAGUAUUUAUGUUGAUGCCCUUCCAACCGUUAAUCCUUCAAGUCGCCAACGCCACGACUCGGCCCUUGUUGCACAAAGUCGAGUAUUACGUUGACAUGGACAAGUAUUAUUUCCCAAUUUUGAUUCACGGAUAUCUCACCGUUGUAAUUUGCGUCACGUCCAUCGUCGCGGCCGACGCGUUAUUUGUCAUAUUUGUGCAACACGCAUGCGGGCUGUUUAUCGUAACUGGCUCGCGAAUAGAGCAAGCGAUACAGGAGGUGUACCUGACCGGAGACGUCAAUCCCCCAAUAAAAGAUACGACAUAUCGAAAUAUAAUACAGUGCGUUCACAACCACAAAACAGCUAUAAGGUUUGCCAAUCUCAUGGAAAUGGCGUAUUCCAAACACUUUCUGUUCCAAACCGGGCUGAAUAUGAUACUUAUAAGCGUUACGGGCGUCGGGGCUGUGACAAAGUCGGACGAUCUAUCUGAGUUUCUUAGAUUAGUAGCGGUGUCGUGUGCGUUACUAUUUCAUCUAUGCUUCGAAUGUAUUAACGCUCAGAGAUUGAUGGAUUACAGCGGAUAUCUUCACACUAAUUUAAUCAAUUUAAACUGGUACGAUGCGUCGCCCAGAACGAAGAAACUCGUUCUUUUCAUGAUGAUGAAAACGCAGCCGCCCUGCGUAUUAACGGCCGGCGGUAUGUUCGUUAUGUGCAUGCAAACAUUCGCCACGAUGCUAAUGUGCCUAAUCGGUCAAUGGCCGUAUCAGGAAUGGUGGGAAAAGUUUCUGAUCCAAUUCGUCUUCGUGCCCGCAGUUUUCUCUCAGGCUAUUCUUCAGGGCGGCGGCAUGAUCACUGCUUAUUUCGCUGAUGACAUCGACGCGUUUAUGGAGAGUUCGUCGCCUUUUGUAAUUAGUUUAAUGUGCGUCUGUAAACAUAUUAAUUAUACGUACAAUCAUGAGCAGAUGAAAAAACUUGCCUUUUCAAUGGUGGACGAUUGGAAUAUCUAUUCAAAACUUAGCCACGAGUACGAUAUUCUUUGUAGAAAUUAUGAGAUGGGUAGAAAAGUCACGAUUGCUUACGCAGUCUCUCUAUACGGCUCAAUGACUCCCUUUCUGGUUGUACCGGUGGUGCUAAACACAGCCAGCUACAUGGGGCUGUACAACAUUUCCGAGGGUAGACCCCUGAUGUUCCGCACGGAAUACUUUGUAGAUUCCGAGAAGUAUUACUACCCGUUGUUGGUGCACUCGUACAUUGGCACCCUCGGAUUCGUUUCGAUCGUCGUGGCGAUCGACUCGAUGUUGGUGUUUCACGUUCAGCAUGAAUGUGGGAUGUGCGAGAUCCUAGGAUAUCGGCUAGCACGGAUCAUUGAUGCAGAUACUUUAGACAUAAAUUUGUACGAACCGAGUAAACAAGAGGCUAUGUCGUACAGAUAUAUUAAGGAUUGCGUGAUCAUGCACAAUCACAUAAUAGAGUAUGCUAGACGUAUCGAGAAAGCAAAUACGACGUCAUACUUUUUUCAAUUAGGUUUCAAUAUGAUGGGCAUGACAUUUACAAUAUUCCAGGCGGUGGUAAAAUUGAGCGAUCCCAACGAGGCCUUGCGAUAUGCAUCGUUCACGUGUUGUCUGCUUUCCGUUCUUUUCCUCGAAAGCUGGCCGGGUCAGCAACUGUCGGAUUAUACUGACAAAAUUUUUGCGUACACAACCAGUGGACUAUGGUAUCAGUCUUCGCUAAGAGUGAGGAAAAUGAUCAGUAUUAUGCUGUUUAGGAGUUACGUGCCAAUCAAGAUAACCGCGGGCAAACUGUACACCCUGAACUUGGCAAACUUCGCUUCAGUCGUACGCACGUCGUUCUCUUACUUCACUGUUCUAUGUUCUAUGCAUUGAACAAGGCUCGCUGCAGCUCGAAAACUAUUAUCGAUGACAACAGCUACGAAUUGAUUUGACUUUAUCUUCCGUUUCACGACUCGUGAGUUACAAUAAGUGACGACGAUAUAUAGAUGAUUACGACAAUUCGGUAAAGUCGAUAUACUGAAAUAUUCUUGGCGCGAUUAGAGUAUUCGCGAGGAAAAUUUUCACGACAUUUCUACGAUCUUCAUCAAAUCCUGUCGACAUCACGCUGAGGAAAGAGAUCGAAGCACAAAGUUCGCCGGCAUUGAUUCACAUCCCAUUGAGUUUGUCAACGCAGUCAAAAGACAAUGGCUUGAAAACGUAAUUUUACGGUGCUAAUAUUUAAUGCACACGGUA